AUGGCGCUCGCCGUCCUCGGCCGCGCUCCUCGUCAACACCAGGACUGGUUCGACGACAACGACGCCGCCAUCAGAAAUCUGCUUGCUGAGAAGAACCGCUUACACAAAGCCUACGUAGAUCACCCCACCGAGGACAACAAAGCUGCUUUCUACCACAGUCGCCGCCAGCUUCAGCAACGACUGCGCGAGAUGCACGACGCCUGGACUGCUCGCGAAGCUGAGGAGAUCCAAGGGUACGCGAACCGCAACGAAUGGAAGAACAUCUUCUCUGCGAUCAAAGCUGUCUACGGUCCGCCGACGAAGGGCACUGCUCCUCUCCUCAGCGCCGACGGUAGCACUCUCCUGACUGAGAAGACUCAAAUUCUACAGCGAUGGGUCGAGCAUCUCCGCGGCGUCCUCAAUCACCCCUCCACCAUCUCCGACGUCGCCAUCGCCCGUCUGCCGCAAGUGGAGACCAACGUGGACCUCGACCUCCCGCCAUCUCUCCAGAAAACCAUCAGGGCCGUGCAGCAGCUCUCCAGCGGGAAGGCACCCGGAUCGGACGCAAUCCCUGCUGAGGUCUACAAGCACGGAGGUCCCCUACUGAUGGAGCACCUGACUGCGCUCUUCCAGGAGAUGUGGCGUCAAGGUGAAGCCCCGCAAGAUUUCAAGGACGCAACAAUCGUGCACUUAUACAAGCGAAAAGGGAACCGCCAAGUUUGCGACAAUCACCGUGGCAUCUCCUUGCUGAACAUCGCCGGGAAGAUCUUCGCUCGCAUCCUGCUCAACCGCCUCAACAACCAUCUGGGACAGGGCCUACUUCCGGAAAGCCAGUGCGGUUUCCGUCGCCAUCGCGGGACCAUGGAUAUGAUCUUCUCCGCCCGUCAACUUCAGGAGAAGUGUCAGGAGAUGCGGACCCAUCUGUAUUCUACCUUCGUUGACCUGACGAAAGCCUUCGACACGGUGAAUUGUGGAGGACUGUGGAAGAUCAAACAGAAAUUCGGCUGUCCGGAGCGAUUCACUCAGAUGGUACGUCAGCUGCAUGACGGUAUGAUGGCUAGAGUCACGGAAAACGGAGCUGUCUCAGAGGCAUUCGCAGUGACCAACGGAGUGAAGCAGGGAUGCGUGCUGGCACCAACCCUCUUCAGUCUUAUGUUCUCCGCCAUGCUGAUGGACGCCUACCGCGACGAACGCCCUGGAAUCCGCAUCGCCUACAGAACGGACGGUCAUCUCCUGAAUCACCGGCGCAUGAACUUCCAAUCGCGCGUAUCCACAGCCACCGUGCACGAACUCCUCUUCGCCGACGACUGCGCCCUGAACACCACCUCGGAAGAGGAGAUGCAACGGAGCAUGGACCUGUUCUCCGCUGCCUGCGAGAACUUCGGUCUGGUCAUUAACACGCAGAAGACGUUGGUGAUGCAUCAACCGCCACCCAAAUCAGCCACUCCCCCCAACGCGCCGCAAAUCAUUGUGAAUGGGACCCAACUGCAAGUGGUGGAUAUCUUCCCGUACCUGGGCAGUACCCUCUCCCGCAACACCUAG